GGUUCAGUCAAAUAUUUGAAUUUGUGAUGGUAUAUAGUCGUUUAUAAAUAGUGUCUGAUAUAUUACCCCAGCUGUACUUCCAUUUAACAUUCGACUCUCUCACCCAAGGUGUACACAUCGACAAUAUAUGGUACGAAGGUAUUGGCCUGCAAGACAAUAUGAGACUGCAAUCAAUCCUUGUUUGGUUACUAUUCGCCAUGAUAAUGCACGCAUCAUGUCAGACUCCCCAAACAGUCAACACUCCUUCCGGUCCCAUUAAAGGCGUGGUCGUCCCUACUCUUGGGACGGAUAUCGUACAGUUCCGGAAUAUUCCAUACGCGCAACCACCAAUUGGCAACCUCAGAUUUGAGAAACCACUCCCGGUAGAACCUUGGACAGAAACUCUGGACGGAACUGUCUUUGGACCUUCUUGCAUACAGGAUACACAAAUGUUUGAGAAAUUGUGGGAAAUGGCAGACAAGCAUGAACUAUCUGAAGAUUGUUUACAGCUAAAUGUUUAUGUUCCCAGAGCUGUUUCAACUGAGGCAAAGAAGCCAGUUAUGUUUUGGAUCCAUGGUGGGGCCUUUACACUUGGAAAUAGCUGGGGAUAUGACCCUUCUUUCUUCGUAAUGAAAGAUGUUAUAGUGGUAACAAUCAAUUACCGUCUUGGGUUAUUCGGAUUCCUAAGCACAGAGGACACCAAACUGCCAAGUAACUUUGGAAUCUGGGAUAUGAUUGAAGCCCUGAAGUGGGUAAAUAAAAACAUAGCAUCGUUCGGGGGCGAUCCCGAGUCUGUUACCAUUUUUGGUGAAUCGGCAGGAGGAUUCGCUGUGUCGUACCUGGCUAUGAUUCCGAGUACCGCUGGUCUAUUUAAACGUAUCAUCCCCCAAAGCGGAUCUGCCGUAGGAUUUUCGGGCAUUGAUCGAAAUCCUGCACGAAUUGCCAAAGCCACAGGAAAAUUAGUUGGGUGCAUCACGGACGAAGACGAAGAUAUCUCCAACAGUAUUCUCAUUGAUUGCCUCAAAACUAAGACCUCCGAUGAAUUGUUGAAAACUCAGAAUAAUCCAGCUACUUUCAGCUUAGACGCAUUUACCCUUUUACCCGAAAUCUGGCCCGUUAUUGAUGGAGAACUGCUAAAGAAAUUACCUCUUGACAGUUUAAGUGACCCUAACUCUGAGGAAUCAGUUUACUUUAGAUCUUUUGAUAUGCUAGCAGGUACCACUAGCAAUGAAGGAAAUGCUAUAGCCUUCAUUGUAUAUGACUAUCAAGAAUCUAUGAAGUUCAACAUUACCGACGGUAUACCAACAUCUGUUUUAUGUGACGUGGUCGCACCAACAUUGGCCAAGGAGAUGUUUAAUGACGACACUAUAGUUUCCGAUUUAUUAUGUAAGGAAUAUACAUCUGACAACCUAGCGCAGCAGGCAAGAAAUCUAGGAAUGUUGUAUGAGGAUGCAUGGUUUGUUGCACCUACUGUGCAACUUCUUGACUUUCAUGCAAAGAAGAAAACUUCUCCAAACACAUAUCAUUAUGUGUUUUCCAAGCCAACGGAUAUGACAUUUCUCCUUCCUGAGUAUCCAUGGAUGGAAGGAGCUGUACAUGGGGCCGAACUAAUGUACAUGUUUGGUCCGAAAUUCUUUAAUGAAAUGGAUGAAUCUUAUUCAUCGGAAGAAGGGAAGGCAUUUACUGACAUUCUCAUUACUUAUUGGACCAACUUUGCCAAAACAGGGAAUCCAAAUGGAGAUGGCCUGGUCCAUUGGGAGGCGUUCACCUCCAACGGUCGGGACUAUUUGGAAUUGAAUGACAAGCCAGUCCCAGGUCAGAACUUGUACGAGAGGAGGGUGAAGUUUCUGCUACAAGACGUACCUAACAAACUCAACGACAGAGUGAAAACUGAGUUAUAGAAAUCCAUGCUCUCUAACGAAUUGCGACUGACUGCUCACAACAGCGUCACGAAGUCAUUCAUGUUAUCAUUUUUAUUUUUAGAAUACCACUGGAAAAGGAAUAAGGAAAAUAGAUAGUUUACAUUGUCGCAGCAUUGUCACCCUACUAGUGAACUAAUGCAUCAAUCAACGAGUGUUUUAACUGUGCAUCUUCUCGAAAGGGAAAAAGAGCAAAUGUUAAUGGAACUAUAUAUCGCAUGACAUUAUCUGCGUUUCAACUAAAAAAGGAUUUUUUUUUUUUUGAAAAAAAAAACAACUAAUUACUUCUUAUAACUUUAGGAGGAAGCAUUUAGAAGGUCAUCUGAAAACAUUUUUAUGAAACCAGCAUGACGUAAAGUUGACAAUGGGAACCGAGACAAUGCAUGCAUACACUACCGAUAAACAGUGUCCACAUCCAUAUCAAAUAAAAAUCGAGCGGUUUUGUAUGACUUCUCUAUACCAAGCAGUAAAGAGAAUCCUACACUAGUUGUAAUAUAUGGAAGUUUAUUCAUAUGAGAUGGUGUAUUAAUUUUUUUCAUUGCAUGUAACUGCAGCAAAAUCUGUUGUGGUGUAUUAGUUUUAACUAUUUGAUCUUGCUCUCUAAUAGUUAGCAGAAAAUUAUUAUUGCACUUGAAGGUAUUUGUGAAUUAUUAUAUGGUUAAUUCUUCAAUUUACAGUGAAUCACUUUUGGCGAAAACAAUACGAGAUUAAACAAUUAUGGCAAUUUG